CGGAUAUCUCGCGUUUGCCAUCGCUAUCUUUCUGAGCUGGUCUCGCUCUGCUCGUUGCGUUCGUCCCAUCCGAUCGUCCUCUGCUCGCAUCUCUCUCGCUCCACCCGCACCAGCCAUGUCUGACAAUCUGUGCAUCGUCGUCCUGGGCGCCUCUGGCGAUCUGGCCUUCAAGAAGACGUACCCUGCUCUCUUUGGCCUCUACAAGAACGGCUUCCUCCCCGUGCGCACCCAGAUUGUCGGCUAUGCUCGCUCCAGCAUCGACCUCGACGACUUCAAGAAGCGCAUCUCCUCGAAAAUCAAGAUUGCCAACGCAACCGAGGGCCAGGCCCUCACCCAGUUCUUGGAAAAGUGCUACUACACCAACGGCGCCUACGACAAGCCUGAGUCGUUCAUCAAGUUGAACGCCUUUGUCCAGAACCUGGAGGGCGGCGUCACCGGCGCCCGCCACCGUGUCUUUUACAUGGCUCUCCCGCCCUCGGUCUUCAUUCCUGCCUCCAAGGGCCUCAAGAACCAUCUGUAUACCACCCGCGGCUCCAACCGCCUGGUCGUCGAGAAGCCCUUUGGCAAGGACUUUGACUCUUCCAAGGAGCUCUCCAAGGCCCUGGCCGAGAGCUGGCAUGAGGACGAGAUCUACCGCAUCGACCACUAUCUUGGCAAGGAGAUGGUCAAGAACCUGAUGGUGAUCAGAUUCGCCAACAUCUUCUUCAGCGCCGUCUGGAACCGCUUCUACAUCGACAACGUUCAGAUCACCUUCAAGGAGAAGAUCGGCACAGAGGGUCGCGGCGGAUACUUUGACGAGUUCGGCAUCAUCCGUGAUAUCAUGCAAAACCAUCUCCUGCAGAUCCUCACCAUUGUUGCCAUGGAGAAGCCCGUCUCUCUCGAUGCCGAGCACGUUCGCGACGAAAAGGUCAAGGUCCUCCGGGCCAUGACCCCUCUGGCUGUUGAGGACGUCCUUCUCGGCCAGUACACCGCUAGCGCCGACGGCAGCGUUCCCGGCUACCUGGAAGACCCCGGAGUCCCCAAGGAUUCUGUCACCCCCACGUACGCCGCCGCCGUCUUCAACAUCAACAACGAGCGCUGGAGCGGCGUUCCGUUCAUCCUCAAGGCCGGAAAGGCCCUGAACGAGGCCAAGGCCGAGGUCCGCAUCCAGUUCCAGGAUGUGCCCGGCAACAUCUACGGCAACGUCGGCCGAAACGAGCUGGUUAUUCGUGUUCAGCCCAACGAGGCCGUCUACGUCAAGUUCAUGAACAAGCAGCCCGGUCUCUCCGCCAACCCCAUCAUGUCCGAGCUGGAUCUCAGCUACCAUAGCCGCUACAACGAGCCCAAGAUCCCCGACGCCUACGAGAGCUUGAUCCUCGAUGUCCUUAAGGGCGACAAGAGCAACUUUGUGCGUGACGAUGAGCUGGACGAAGCCUGGAAGCUGUUCACUCCUCUCCUGCACAAGAUCGAGGGCGAGAAGAUUGCCCCCAAGAAGUACCAGUUCGGCACCCGUGGUCCCGAAGGCGUCGACGACUUUGUCGCCAAGCACGGCUACCAGCGACACCACGAAUACGAGUGGACUCCCUCCAAGAUCUAAACCUGCCCGGGCAUGUUGUGGCUGCGGCGCUGCGUGGUCGUGACCGUAGUCCGUGGUCCGUGGUCCACUCAAUGUAUCCCUCUUCAUCCUGUCGGUGUAGCCUUCUUCACCUCUUCCUUCACGGUAUGCAUAAAACACUCUAUCGAAUGUGUGUGCGAGAGAGAGUCUCUUCGGAUGCCUUCCGAAUAUCGCACACGGGGGCCCCUUGGAGAGACGGGAUUGGGCCAAUCCAUCUUGGCUGAUUGACCGGAAGGAUGGUUGUGGAGCGAUGCAACGGCGGCGUUUCGCUUUCGCACCAGGAAAUAACACCACGAGCUCGGCUGUCAGGGCACCCAUG